AUGCAGCCAUGGCAGACGUAUGGGACACUGACGUCGAUGAAGCUGACGAGGUCUGCCGCGAUGUGAAGCAGAGCUACUGCAAGCGUUGGAGAAAUACGGGGCAGCUCACCCGCCCAACCAAAUCAGCUCGGGCACUGAGGAACACCCUGAGCCCUUACAACUUCCUGAUGAUCCCGUGGAUGAGGAAUACUUCACGGUUCAUAUGUCCAACGAGGCCAGAUCGUGUACUGGGGACCAACCUGAAACCUCGCAAGACGACCCCGCGGAAAUUAGCGUCCAAAACAAUACGCAACAAUGUCACUGGAUAGAUGAGACCACACAUCGGAAGUGCCUUGAGUUCGUACCAGAAGAGAAAGACCAGAAGGGGUGCAUGUGGGCUGUAAUUCACUCAGGCCACGAAUCCGCAUGCGGGGGAAUAUCCCAGCGUCGUAAUAUGCCCCGCCAUAUAGCAAAGCAUCUGGGUUUGCGCUGUACGUGCAAACUAUGCGGCAAAGACUUUGCCCGUUCAGACCUUUUGAAGGGUCAUGAACGUAAGGAUCACCAGGUCCAAGACACUAGUGCAUCAUAUGCUUAAUCGCACAGCUGGCAGAUUUUAUCAUGAACCAACGUUUCUCCUACGCACAUGUAAUGAGUGAAGCCAUUGUCCAUAUGUACCAACCUACUGUUCUUCGUCGCUUGAAUUUAAUGGCCUGAGCUACUUAUGAU